AGGUCGGAAGUGUGUGGUUGAGAUGAUGGAGCAUGGGCUGAUCGAUGUUGGAACGAAAGGUGAAACUUUUAUUCUUCGUAAAUAAUAUAUAUCUAACGAGUGUUCUAUUUACUUGGCCCCCACCCACGACGACGACGACACGUGCGUGAUGGUGGAUGCCUUCCCACGACACAAACAGACGACGACACCCACACACAUUGGAAGCCUCGUUCUAUCCUUGGCUCGAAGCAAUCUUCUUUCGAUGUGCUUCAUACAUGUGUAUCCAUUGCUCCAUGGACGAGUCUUUGGACACGUCGACGACGGGCGACGAUGAUGAUUCCGAGUCGUUGCGCAGAAUGCGGGCCACGACUUGCUCGUACGUGUUCAGCUUGGACUCGAGGGUCUUCGUGUUGCAUGUGCUGCUCAUGAAUGCGCAGUCUGUGAUGGCAGCGGUCCAAUCCUUGUACAUGGCACACUGCAACUGGUAGUAGAAAAUGCGCGACUCGGGGCACAUCGCAAGUGACAGCUCCGACACUUGGGUGGCGAGGUUCGUCAUGAACUCGCAGUACUUGCGGUGGUACGUCUGCAUGUCCUGCAGAAGCUGCUGUUCCGUGGUGCUUCCCACCAGCAGCUCUCGGACGUCUUGGGCAAUCUCCAUAACUUUGUUGGUUGGGCUGGCGGUGGCGGCGGCGGGCGGCAGCGGUGCUUGUCUUGUCGGUC